CUUAGAUGCGGCGCUCAAGGACUGCACGCGCCAAGUGCGACUUGUCAGAGAGGAUCAAGAGCAAAAACGACAAGAGCUGCUGCACAAGAAAAACAAGGAGGUGGACAAAAUCCGAGCCGAGUAUGAGGCCAAGUUGGCAGACGUUGGGCGACAGCUGCUAGAGGCGGGGGCAGAGAACAAGGUGAUGGCGAUGACGCUCCAGGAGCAUGCUAGAACAAUCGGGGAGGUGACAGAUGCCAAGUCCCGAGCCGAGGCGGAGAUCAAACUGCUGCAGCACCGCAUGGAGUCGGUUGAGAAGGAGAAGGGAGCGCUCAAGUACGAGGUGCAUGUCCUCAACAAGCAGAUACAGAUACGAAACGAGGAGCGAGACUACAGCAAGCGAGACAUCGAAGCUCUCAACAGGCAGCACGCGGAGGACACAAAGGUGAUGAACAAACUGGAGGCCGAGUGCCAGAAGUUGCGGAUUCUGGUCAGGAGGAAGCUCCCUGGUCCCAAUGCUCUAGCGCAGAUGAAGAUGGAGGUGGAGAGCCUAGACGGGGGUGGCGAAAGCAAGAGAAGGGGUACUAGGAGCUCCACAGAAACUAAGCUGCAUCAGAAUGGUAGCCGGGAGAUCGAGCUGCUUCUUGAGAGGUUGCUGUCCAUGGAGGAGGAGACGAAGAUGCUCAAGGAGGCACUGGCUCAGCGGAAUGGCGAGCUUCACUCCUCUCGGCUUAUAUGCGCCAAGACGGCAACCAAACUGUCAGCCAUGGAAGCGUACUUCGACAGCGUUUCACGA